UGUCAAAACUUGUCAAAUUUUUAUCAUAUUAUCCACAGUGAUUUCUACAAAUUAUUAUUAGCAGCAGACUUGUCUAAUUUCACAAAUGCUGUAUUUAAGAAAAAUUCCUUCAUUACUUUCAGUACUGCAACAAUGUAAGAGAUAUACUGUUGCUAUUCAAGAAUUAGAGUUAAUUAACACCAACGGCAAUACAAUACCCGGAAAAACUGUAACACAAAACAAUAAAUACAUAAUGUAUUAUUUUUCCGCGUCCUGGUGUUCAGGAUGCAAAUUGCUGUUGCCAAAAAUUAAGAGCAUAUACACUGAAUCUCGAAACAGACAAAUUCCCUUAGAAAUUAUUUAUAUUUCACUAGACGAUAACAUGGAGGAAAUGAUGAAAGGCUUUAGAAAUAAUCAUGGGAACUGGUUCGCCAUUCCAUUUGGAAGUCCUGUAAUCGAGGAAUUAAGAUAUAGAUUUGAAGUCGCGUAUGUGCCAUUCAUAGCGGUUUUAAAAAAUGAUGGUACAAUUGUAACAAAGAAUGGCAAAAAAGAAGUUGAGGAUUUAGGAAUUAAUGUACUUGAAACAUGGAUCGAUUAAACUACCAGAACAAAAACAAAGUAUCAUUAUUACUUAAG